AUGGAUACUAAUGCAAUUAUGUCGGUUUUACUCAUUUUUAUUCACAUUUUUUAAAUAUAUGGUUUAAUAAUAUAAUACAGCUUAUUUUCUUGAACUUUUAAUGUUAUCCAUGCUUGUUUCAAUUAUAUUAUGUUAUCCUUGUUUCAGAUUAUAUUUGGAGAUCUCAUUGGCUGCCCUUAUAUUUGUGGUUGGAUUCGUUAUUGACAAGAUUCGACGAGCUGAACAACAAGUAAUUGAGGAAGAACCUGUGAGAUUCUUGCCAGAAAGACCAUGGCCAAACCUUCUCAAAGCUAAACACGCACCUGUUAUUGUAGUUAAUGAACAACAUACCGAGUCGGAGAGCAUAAGGAAAAAGAAGAAGAAAAAGGACGAAAAGGAGAAGAAGAAAGUGGAAGAAGACGAAGAUGUACGAUUGUUUUUUGUUAAAUAUAUGGUCUUACCUAUAUGAUUCCUGUUUGGUUUAUUAUCGUAUAUCACCGAACCCUACUAUAAUAUAUUUAAAAUCAAAUUUGUAGUUAGAUGUACAAUUCUGUCAUUCUUCACACAUAUCAUCGUCAGCUAUGUCAUCUCCUGCGGCUACAUCUACCGGGGUUUCACCUAGUUGUGUGUCACAAGAUACGAAAUCACCGAGUUGUCUUGAGUUAGAUGACACUCAGAACACAGUAACCCAAUCAGAGAGGUCAAAGAAGAAAAAAAAGGAGGAGGGCUCGUUGGAGAAGGUACAAGAUACGCAGAAAAAGAAGGAGGCCGUCAAGGCUGUUCACUACAUGGAGGCAUUGCUUCAGCCUCCAGUAAUGUAG